AAACCCGCGAAGAUGGCGGCCGGCGGCGGCGGCGGAGGCAGCGGCAAGGCCUCCUCUUCCUCGUCGUCGUCGGCCUCUUCCGCGGGGGCUCUGGAGUCGUCGCUGGAUCGAAAAUUCCAGUCGGUCACCAACACCAUGGAAUCCAUCCAGGGUUUGUCGUCCUGGUGUAUAGACAACAAGAAACACCACAGCACGAUCGUCUACCACUGGAUGAAGUGGCUCCGGAGAUCUACAUAUCCUCACCGUUUGAAUCUCUUUUACCUGGCCAAUGAUGUCAUACAGAAUUGUAAAAGGAAAAAUGCAAUCAUCUUCCGGGAGUCAUUCGCUGAUGUCCUUCCUGAAGCAGCUGCGCUGGUGAAGGAUCCAUCUGUAUCUAAGUCUGUAGAACGAAUCUUUAAAAUCUGGGAAGAUAGAAAUGUAUACCCUGAAGAAAUGAUUGUGGCAUUGAGAGAAGCUUUGAGUACCACUUUCAAAACUCAGAAGCAGCUGAAAGAAAAUCUGAACAAACAACCGAGUAAGCAGUGGAAGAAAUCACAAACAUCCACAAAUCCAAAAGCUGCUCUCAAGUCAAAGAUAGUUGCUGAAUUUCGAUCUCAGGCCCUCAUUGAAGAGCUGCUGUUGUACAAGCGCUCAGAGGAUCAGAUAGAACUGAAGGAGAAACAGUUGUCGACUAUGAGAGUAGAUGUAUGCAGCACGGAAACUCUCAAAUGCUUAAAAGAUAAAACAGGAGGAAAGAAGUUCUCCAAAGAAUUUGAAGAGGCAAGUUCUAAGCUGGAAGAAUUUGUGAAUGGAUUAGAUAAGCAGGUGAAAAAUGGACCCUCACUAACAGAAGCACUAGAAAACGCUGGAAUUUUCUAUGAAGCACAGUACAAAGAAGUAAAAGUCGUGGCCAAUGCAUACAAAACCUUCGCCAACCGAGUCAACAACUUGAAGAAAAAGCUGGAUCAAUUAAAGUCAACCCUUCCUGAUCCUGAAGAAUCACCAGUCCCUUCUCCCAGUAUGGAUGCUCCUUCUCCAACUGGUUCAGAGUCUCCAUUUCAGGGAAUGGGAGGUGAGGAAUCCCAGUCACCAACCAUGCAGAGUGACAAAUCUGCCACACCUGAACCUGUGACAGAUAAUCGUGAUGUAGAAGACAUGGAGCUCUCAGAUGUAGAAGACGAUGGAUCAAAAAUCAUUGUGGAGGACAGGAAGGAAAAACCUGUGGAGAAAUCAGUUGUCUCCACGUCUGUCCCUACAAAGCCAACAGAAAGUAUCUCAAAGGCCUCCUCAAGUGCCCCAGUGCCUGUGACCAUGACAGCAGCUCCUCCUCUACCCAAGACUGGGAACACUUCUCUUCUGUCCCCUUCUCCAACCUUGGCCUUGCCAAACCUGGCUAAUGUGGAUCUGGCAAAGAUAAGUUCUAUUCUCAGCAGCCUAACAUCAGUCAUGAAAAAUACUGGGGUCAGUCCUGCAUCAAGACCUUCUCCAGGAACUCCUACCAGUCCCAGCAACCUCACCAGUAGCCUGAAAACACCUGCACCUGCCACAACAACUGCUCACAACCCUCUGGCAAAUAUCCUCUCAAAGGUGGAAAUCACUCCAGAGAGCAUCCUCUCUGCUCUUUCCAAAACCCAGACGCAGUCAGCCCCGGCACUGCAAGGCCUGUCAUCUUUACUUCAGAGUGUCACUGGGAACCCAGUGCCAGCCAGUGAUGCUGCAUCCCAGAGCACGUCAGCCUCCCCUGCCAACACCAUAGUCUCUUCCGUAAAGGGAAGAAAUCUGCCCUCAAAUACCCAAUCCUUUGUCUCCAAAAGCUUCAACUACUCUCCUAAUUCAUCAACUUCUGAAGUCUCUUCAACUUCAGCCAGCAAGGCAUCAAUUGGGCAAAGCCCAGUGCUCCCAAGCACUACUUUUAAACUACCAUCCAACACUCUCGGGUUUGCAGGCACCCACAGUGCCAGCCCUGCUGCUCCACCUGCAGAAGUUGCCAUGUGCCAGCCUUCAGAGGUCUCCAAGCCAAAGCUGGAGUCCGAGUCCACAUCCCCAAGCUUGGAAAUGAAGAUCCACAACUUCUUAAAAGGUAAUCCUGGUUUCAGUGGCUUAAACUUAAACAUCCCAAUCCUGAGCAGCUUGGGGUCUAGUGCCUCAUCGGAGAGCCACCCCUCAGACUUCCAGCGGGGUCCUACUAGCACCUCAGUGGACAACGUUGAUGGAACCCCUGUGCGGGAUGAGCGGAGUGGGACGCCCACCCAGGAUGAGAUGAUGGACAAGCCCACGUCCAGCAGUGUAGACACCGUGUCUCUGCUUUCUAAGAUCAUUAGCCCUGGCUCCUCAACACCCAGCAGUACAAGAUCUCCACCCCCAGGAAGAGAUGAAAGCUACCCCCGGGACCUCUCCAAUUCUGUGUCUACUUAUCGGCCCUUUGGCCUGGGCAGUGAACCGCCUUAUAAGCAGCCUUCUGAUGGGAUGGAGAGGCCAUCUUCCCUGAUGGACUCUUCCCAGGAAAAGCUCUUUCCAGAUACUUCUUUCCAAGAGGAUGAGGAUUACCGAGACUUUGAGUAUUCAGGGCCUCCACCUUCUGCCAUGAUGAACCUAGAGAAGAAACCAGCCAAAUCUAUCCUGAAGUCGAGCAAGCUUUCUGAUGCCGCUGAGUACCAGCCAAUCCUGUCCAGCUACAACCACAGGGCCCAAGAAUUUGGGGUAAAGUCUGCUUUCCCUCCAUCUGUAAGGGCCCUUCUGGACUCUAGUGAGAACUGUGACCAUCUCACAUCUUCCCCUGGGUUAUUUGGUGCCUUCAGCAUAAGAGGGAAUGAACCAGGGGCUGACCGUUCACCAUCACCGAGUAAGAAUGAUUCCUUUUUCACCCCUGACUCCAACCACAGUAGCUUGUCUCAGUCUACCACUGGGCAUCUCACUUUGCCACAGAAGCAGUACCCAGACUCUCCUCAGCCAGUCCCACAUCGUUCCCUUUUCUCUUCACAGAAUACCCUUGCUGCUCCCACGGGCCACCCACCCACGGCAGGCGUGGAGAAAGUCCUGGCCUCCACCAUUUCCACCACAUCGACGAUUGAGUUUAAGAACAUGCUUAAAAACGCCUCGCGCAAACCCUCCGAUGAUAAGCAUUUUGGCCAGACCCCAAACAAAGGCGCGUCAAGUGACGCUGUCAGUGUGUCCGCCCUCACCCAGCCCCGGGCCAGUCCCGAGCAGCCGCAGCCGCAGCAGCAGGAGCAGCAGCAGCAGCAGCAGGAGCACUACCGCAUAGAGACCCGAGUCUCCUCCUCCUGCCUAGACCUGCCUGACAGCACAGAGGAAAAGGGGGCCCCUAUAGAGACUUUGGGGUAUCAUAAUGCAGCCAAUAGGAGAAUGUCAGGAGAGCCGAUACAGACGGUAGAGUCCAUUCGAGUUCCUGGGAAGGGAAACAGAGGACAUGGGCGUGAGGUCUCAAGGGUGGGUUGGUUUGAUCUGAGUGCAUCAGGCAGCUCCUUUGACAAUGGUCCCUCAAGUGCCUCUGAGUUGGCAUCCCUUGGGGGUGGGGGCAGUGGAGGCCUCACUGGCUUUAAGACAACACCAUACAAGGAACGGCCACCCCAAUUUCAGGAGAGUGUCGGCAGCUUUCGAGCCAGCAGUUUCAACUCAACAUUUGAGCAUCAUCUUCCGCCCUCCCCCUUGGAACAUGGGACACCCUUCCAGAGAGAGCCAGUGGGGCCAUCAUCUGCCCCACCUGCCCCUCCUAAGGAUCAUGGUGGUAUCUUCUCUCGAGAGGCACCCGUUCAUCUACCCUCUGUGGAUCUUUCGAACCCCUUUACAAAAGAGACAGCUCUGGCCCAUGCCGCCCCACCACCUCCUCCUGGCGAGCACAGCGGGGUUCCUUUCCCUGCCCCACCCCCUCCUCCGCCCUCUGGGGAACUUGCCAGCGGUGGGAGUGGUGUCCCCUUUGCUGCUCCACCCCCUCCUCCACCUCCUGUUGACCACGCUGGGGUGGUACCUUUCCCAGCCCCACCACUGCCAGAGCAUGGAGUGACAGGGCCUGUGACAGUUUUUCCCAAGGAUCAUAGUUCCCUCCUUCAAGGGACCCUGGUUGAGCAUUUUGGAGUGCUCACGGGACCCAGGGACCAUGGGGGCCCCAGCCAACGGGACCUCAACGGCCCUGGCCUUGGCCGUGUACGAGAGAGCCUGAGCCUACCUUCCCAUUCUCUGGAGCACCUAGGCCUGGCCCGUGGAGGAGGUGGCAGUGGCCUCCCGUUGGGUCCCUCACACAGAGACGUCAACCCGAGUGGUAUGAUUUUACGGAGUCCCCGGCCAGACUUUAGGCCUAGGGAAGCUUUUCUCGGCAGAGACCCAUUCCACAGUUUAAAGAGACCCAGGCCGCCUUUUCUUAGGGGCCCUCCAUUCUUUGCACCAAAACGCCCAUUCUUCCCUCCCAGGUACUGAUGGAAAUGAAGGGAAAAGGCAUUUUGGACAGUCUAGAGAGCAUUGGAAGUAGCAGUUUGGUUUAUUGUUGUUUUUGUUUUCCCUCGAUUUAUCUUCUUUAAUGAAGGGCCUCCUUUCAAAUUAACAAGUCACAUAUGCUGACAUUUUACUCUUACCCAGUCCUCGCUCCCUCUGCACUUACCACCUUUACCCAUUUGGGUGUUUUGGUUUUUUUUUUUUUUUUUCUUUUCUUUUUUAAAAAAAGGUAAACAUUUUUUUUUAAAGCCACUUCAUUUGGCUGGGGGUCUGGGGAGUGGGGAGGAAAACAAGCUCUUACUCAGUCUACUGGAGAGUAUUUACGUGUGAAAUAAAACUUCCAUCAGUACGGAUAACAUGUGCAAUGUUGGGGUGUUAUUUUGGGCUUGGUUUAAGUCACGGAAGGAUUCCUUUCCGCUUUCCUCUCCAGCUGAGUAACUUCCCCACGCAGCUUAGCGCCUUCCCUUCCCUGUAUUCUCUGUGCUCUGUUGCCAGCCAGGAGGUGCUGGCAAGGAAGGCAGUGUGGGAGAUUGUUUGAUUUUUAAAGGCACGUUGCAAUUGAGUUCUUUACCUUUCCAAAAUCUUUUGUUAUUCAUCCUGUUUUCUUAAAGCUGUUACCAGGUCGUGACUUUGAGGCAGUGUUCAGUAUGGCAAAUAGCUUCCUCUUUGUUGGGUGUGGUGGAGUGUGCCUAUAGUCCCAGCACUGGAGAAGCAAGGAGAGAACGUUGAGUUUGAGACCAGCCUGGGCUACAUAGUGUAAUGAGACCUUUCUCAAAAAGGUGGGGCAGGGGACAGUUUUCCCUUUGUCCUUAGAAUAAAAGAGUGUCAAGGUUAAAAAUAGGAGUGACCACAGUGUAAAGCUAGGAAAGAGACCAUUAAUAGUGUGAUGGGACCUGACUGUUCUUUGUAAACUAGAAAGUAAGAAAAAAUGUAAAGUAGUGUCCACACAUCUUGUACUAAAGAUCUUGCUUUCCAUUUCUUUCUUGACUUUCUCCCUCAUUUGUCACUUCUGUUUUGACUAAAUCAAUAGAAGGAUACUUAAAUAUCCCUGCAGUUUUAAGCAUAAUAGACAUUAAUUUUACCAUGGUGCUUCCCUAAUGCAAUACUCUGGUGGUUUUCAGCAAAUGUUAACUUUUAGAGAAAGGACAGUGCUUGCCUUUAAAUUAUUUUCCCUUUUUCUCCCAUAUCCACCACUAACUAUUGCUGGGAUUUCAAAGGAGAGAUUUGGUGAUAACCUUAUGUAACACCUCUUCAUAUGUGUCCUAAGAACAUGUGGAUAUUGCUAGACAUUGUCUUUACCAGAAAUGGGAGGACCUGAGAAAUCCAAGUGGACCCCACUCUGCUGAUAGCAGUCUUAACACUUUUCAAAGCUCAAAGUUUGAAUAAGUUCCCCACUGCCAAAUCCCAAUAUGAAGUAAAGAAUGUUUUUCUGAAUCAUUCACUUGAGAAGAAUUUUCCAUCUCCCUGAAUUUACAAGGAUUGUUUGUAUUUAUACAUCCAACACUCGGAAAAAAGACAAUCACUAUACUUAAGAGUAUUCUACCUUUGUAUGUAGGGACACUGAAGAAGUUGCUUACUGCAAUUUUUAUUUAGUGUUCUUCACCAAGGUACUCACUGAUAAUGUCCAGCUAGAUGUGUACCACAUCAUGCGUUGAGGUCUUGAAGGAAUCGUAACAAAUUACACAUUUUUUUCCACCCAGGUUAGGCUAGAACUUAACUAUAGAGAAGAACAGAAGUUGCUUUGGAUUCCUCAGUGGAAUAGCAAAGAUGGAGAAAGAAAUGUAGUGGUAGAAAACAAAUCUUUGUGUCAGGAUAAACCACUUUUCAGAGAAAGCAACCUACAUGAGGUGUGUUUCAUGGCCUGGGCGUUUUGUGUAGUGUGGUCCUGUUGCUGCUUUGGGCUUACCUCGUGGUCAGUGGUCAGUGGUCAGGGUGCGGCAAGUCAUUCAUCGUCCCAGUGCGCGUCUGCUCCUGUGCCAGCUCUUCUUUCUUUGGUCUUCUCAAGCUUCUCAGCCCUGUAGCUCUCCCCACAAAAGCAUGCAUGAUACCAUGACCUGUGUGGGAUGGGUGUAUAGUAUAGCAAAGUAAAAGUAUAGUUCUAUUGAGUCUUAAGACAUUUGUUUAGUUUGUUAGUUUAAAAAAAAAAAAGCAUGAGAGAGGAGCAAGAGGGGUUGGGGUGGGGAAGGGAGAAUUGUAUAUGACGUUCACAGUUGAAUUUUUUUUUUCCCUAGAAGUCAGGCGAGGGUGUUUUUCAUUUUAGAAUAAAAGAAUGUGAAUUCUUCUCUUGAUUAAGCUAAAUAUAGUGUUUACUUGAAAAAGCUCUCAGACUAUUUGAUUUUAUAAGAAAGUAAGAAUAUCAGGAAGUGGCUUCUUGAAUGAUGGGUCCUCAAAAAUACGAUGAAAGUGAUUUUUUUUUUUUUCAGUUUAAAGGUGGACUUUUAAAGGGUUAGGUUUUUGUGGAAUAUUUUUGUUUUAUUUUGCCACCAAAUUUUCUGUGCAUUUGUUUCAGGGUCGAAGUGAGGCUUUGUAUGAGACUGUCAGCUGUUUUAAGAAAACCUGUCUACAACAGUAAAUGAAGACAGCACUGUAUAUAUGUGAUAUAGUGAAACAAAAACAAUUCUGGUAUUCAUAAAAAUGAUACAGAGGGGUUUUAUUCUUUCUGUGUCUGCAAUUUAAACUCCUUGACCGUGCUCUGACUUUUGUAUUUCACCCCGAGUUUAAAAAAAUAAACAAGAUAUUUUUUAAAGAACGCA